CCGGGGGCACUGCCGCACUGGUGUCAAAACUCAAAACCCAAAACCCAAUACCCUCUAAAGAUCUCAAUCAAACUAGGGCAAUUCCCGCCUUUCUACCCUCUUGAAGCUUUUCUCUACGACUGCGCCGGAAUCGGCAAUGGUGUCAGCUAAGCAACUCCUCUCUACCAUCGAGUCCACGCUCUUGGGCACCACUGCCCCUUCGGCUUCGCAGAGGAUUGAGCUCAUCCACGCUCUUCGUUCUUCUCUGUCCUCUCUCCAGUCUCUCUUGUCAAUUUCGCCUCCAAAGCCUUCUGACAGAGCACAAGUUCAAUCCAAAGAAGUUAGGCUUCCUGAUUCAGGAUCAAUCCCACUUGACGAUCAAGAUGUUCAUAUUGCUCUUAAGCUGAGUGAUGAUCUCCAUCUCAAUGAAAUAGACUGUGUACAACUGCUUGUUUCUGCCAACCAAGAGUGGGGAUUACAAGGGCGAGCACCAUUGGAUAUUCUAAGACUUGCAGGGGGACUUUGGUAUACAGAGAGAAGAGAUUUAAUAACAGCACUUUAUACGCUCUUACGGGCAAUUGUGCUUGAUCAAGGACUUGAGGCGGAUCUUCAAGCUGACAUUUUGAAAUAUGUUGAAGAUCUAAUUAAUGGUGGGCUUCGACAACGGCUGAUUACUCUUAUAAAGGAACUUAAUCGAGAAGAGCCAGCUGGAGUUGGUGGGCCCAAUUCAGAGCGUUAUAUUCUUGACUCACGAGGUGCUCUUGUGGAAAGGAGAGCUGUUGUUUGUAGGGAAAGACUUAUUCUUGGACACUGUCUUGUUUUAUCCCUUUUGGUUGUACGUGCAAGCCCAAAAGAUGUAAAAGAUAUCUUUUCAACUUUGAAAGAUAAUGCAGGGGAUAUCGGUGGAAGUACUGACAUUGUAAAGAACCAGAUCGCGUAUAGCCUUCUUUUUUCUCUUAUAAUUUCUUUGAUAUCAGAUGCUCUCAGUGCAUCACCAGAGAGAAUGUCUAUCUUGUCACAGGAUGCUUCAUUUAAGCAUGAUUUCCAUGAAACUGUUAUGGCUAUUGGUAAUAAUCAGAUGAUUGAGGGGUGUAUGCACUGUGUUAGACUUGCAUGGGCUGUGCACUUGAUGAUUAUACUAGAUGUUACUGAUGCAAGAGAGACAAAUAAUGAUGUGAGAAACAUUAUUUCUUGUUUGGAACUUGUUUUCUCAAACAAUGCUUUCCAGUUUUUGCUCAACUCAGUGCUUCGAACACCAGCUUAUCAGAAUGAUGAUGAGGAUAUGAUCUACAUGUAUAACGCAUACUUGCACAAGUUGAUAACAUCCUUUCUCUCUCACCCACUUGCUAGAGACAAGGUGAAAGAAACAAAGGAGAAGGCUAUGACUGCUCUUAGUCCAUACAAAAUAUCUGGUUCAUAUGAUUAUGUUCUUGAUGGCAACAUGCCACCUCAGCAAGUUUCCGAAUCUGCCCCUCAAACUUUUGUUUCUCUCCUGGAGUUUGUUAGUGAAGUCUAUGAGAAAGAACCUGAACUUUUAUCUGGGAAUGAUGUUUUAUGGACAUUUGUAACGUUUGCUGGAGAGGAUCACACUAAUUUCCAGACACUUGUGGCAUUCUUGAAAAUGCUUAGUACACUGGCUUCAAGUGAAGAGGGUGCUUCAAAAGUUUAUGAAUUACUACAAGGAAGAACAUUCCGCUCCAUUUCAUGGGCCACUUUAUUUGAUUGUUUAUCAAUUUAUGAAGAGAAAUUCAAACAAUCACUUCAAAAUUCAGGGCUGAUAUUACCAGAGUUUCAAGAAGGAGAUGCAAAAGCACUUGUUGCUUAUCUGUGUGUUCUUCGCAAGGUUAUGGAAAAUGGAAACCCUAUUGAAAGAAAGACAUGGUUUCCUGAUAUUGAGCCAUUAUUUAAACUUCUAAGUUACGAAAAUGUCCCUCCUUAUCUCAAGGGUGCUUUGCGUGAUUCGAUAUCAACUUUUAUUCAUAUUUCACCAAAUUUGAAAGAUACUGUUUGGGGGUUUCUUGAGCAAUAUGAUUUACCUGUAGUUGUUGCACCUCAAAUUGCACAUGGUAGUAACAGUAGUACACAGAUAAUGACUUCUCAGGUUUAUGAUAUGAGAUUUGAGUUGAAUGAAGUGGAAGCAAGAAGUGAGCAUUAUCCAUCAACAAUCUCAUUCCUUAAUCUGUUAAAUGCUCUUAUUGCUGAAGAAAGGGAUGCAACUGAUAGGGGACGUAGGUUUAUAGGCAUCUUCCGGUUCAUAUAUGAUCAUGUGUUUGGGCCAUUUCCACAAAGGGCAUAUGCAGAUCCUUCUGAGAAAUGGCAAUUAGUUGUUGCAUGUCUCCAACAUUUUCAGAUGAUAUUGAGUAUGUAUGACAUAAAAGAUGAAGAUAUUGACAUUGUAGCCACUCAAUCUCAGCUUGUAACACCACAAUCAACUCCACUCCAGAUGCAACUUCCUGUAAUAGAAUUACUCAAGGACUUUAUGAGUGGAAAAACCGUAUUUCGAAAUGUUAUGGGCAUUCUUUUACCUGGAGUGGAUUCCAUAAUUGCUGAUCGAACCAAUCAGACAUAUGGUUUGCUUCUAGAAAAAUCAGUUCUUCUAUCUCUUGAAAUCAUAAUCCUUGUUUUGGAAAAAGAUUCAUCAGUUUCUGAUUUUUGGAGACCCCUUUACCAGCCUUUUGAUGUUAUACUUUCUCAAGAUCAUAAUCAGAUUGUAGCUUUAUUGGAAUACAUCAGAUAUGAUUUUCACCCACAAAUUCAACAACGCUCCAUAAAAAUAAUGAGCAUCUUAAGUUCUCGCAUGGUUGGGCUUGUACCUUUACUACUGAAAUCAAACUCUUCUGGUCUUCUUGUUGAAGAUUAUGCUGCUUGCUUGGAGCUAAGAUCUGAAGGAUGUCAGAUCAUAGAAAACACAUCUGAUGAUCCUGGUGUCCUUAUUUUGCAACUUUUAAUUGAUAACAUUAGUCGCCCAGCUCCUAACAUAACACAUUUCCUUCUGAGAUUUGAUCUUGAUUCACCUGUAGAGAGGACAGUGUUACAACCAAAGUUUAACUACAGUUGUUUGAAGGUUAUUCUUGAUAUUCUGGAAAUGCUACCAAAGCCUGAUGUCAAUGCAAUGCUUCAUGAAUUUGGAUUCCAGCUGCUUUAUGAAUUAUGUUCGGAUCCUCUUACAUGUGGGCCCACCAUUGAUCUGCUUAGUACCAAAAAGUAUCAAUUUUUUGUCAAGCAUCUGGAUAACAUUGGUAUUGCACCACUACCAAAAAGAAACAACACUCAGCCACUUCGAAUUAGCUCUCUUCAUCAGAGAGCUUGGCUUUUGAAGCUUUUAGCCUUGGAAUUACAUGUUGGGAAUGUGACUACUUCCAAUCAUCGAGAAGUGUGUCAAAACAUUGUUGCUCAUCUGUUUGGAGAAAGUGAAUAUGAUAUUGAUCAUAAUAUUCUUCAUAUUACUCUUGAAGAUCCUGCAAACAGAGCCAUUGGUAGGAGCAAGGUGUUAGAAUUGCUUGAAAUAAUCCAGUUUAGGUCUCCAGAUACAACAAUGAAGCAUUCUGAGUUUCUUUCUCACACAAAAUUUGGACCAGUGGCUGAUGAUAUACUUGGGAAUCCAUCAACUUAUGAAAAGGGAGGUGUGUAUUACUACUCUGAACGAGGGGAUCGAUUGAUUGACCUAAAUGCAUUUCGUGACACCCUUUGGCAGAAGUGCAAUUUUGAGAAUCCACAGCUGAGUACUUUUGGGAGUGAAGCUGAACUUGAAGAAGUAAGAAAUACUGUUCAGCAGCUUCUCAGAUGGGCAUGGAAACACAACAAGAACCUUGAAGAACAAGCUGCUCAACUCCAUAUGUUAACUGGAUGGGCACAAAUUGUUGAGAUUUCAGCUUCAAGAAGGUUAUCCUCAAUGGAAAAUCGAUCAGAAAUAUUAUUUCAGUUGCUUGAUGCAUCUUUAAAUGCUUCUAGCUCUCCAGAUUGUUCGUUAAAGAUGGCAGGAAUGUUAACUCAGGUUUCAAUUACAUGCAUGGCUAAAUUACGGGAUGAGAGGUUUAUUAACCCAAGUGUGUUGAACUCGGAUACUGUGACAUGUCUUGAUGUUAUUAUGACAAGGCGAAUGUCAAAUGGUGCAUGUCAUUCUAUCCUCUAUAAGAUUAUGAUGGCAAUUCUCAAACAUGACACAUCAGAAGCAUUGAGGAGAAGGCAAUACACUUUGCUUUUAAGCUACUUCCAAUAUUGUCAACACAUACUGGAUCCAGAUGUUCCUACUACUGUUCUUCAAUCUUUGUUAGUGGAAGAAGAAGAAAGUGGAGAUUUGGAUCUUGAAAAGAUUGACCAGGAUCAGGCUGAGCUGGCACGUGCAAACAUAUCUAUCCUAAGAAAAGAAGCUCAAUCAAUUCUAGAUUUGGCCAUAAAAGAUGCAACUCAAGGCAGUGAGUCAGGAAAAAUAAUGGCUUUCUUUGUUCUGGAUGCAUUAAUAUGCAUUGAUCAUGAAAAGUUUUUCUUAAGUCAACUUCAAAGCAGAGGCUUUUUGAGGUCUUCUCUCAUGAGUAUCAGCAGUGUUUCAUAUCAGGAUAGCACACAUUCCAUAGAUCCAUUACAAAGACUGUGUGCUCUUGAGGCACACCUUGCUUUACUAUUAAGAAUCAGCUACAAAUAUGGUAAAGCUGGAGCUCAGAUUCUUUUCACCAUGGGUGCAUUUGAGCAUAUUGCAUCAUGCUUGCUACACAACAUGCAGAUCAAGGGGAACAGCAUAAGACGUUUUGACACUAGUUUUGGGAAAGAUUCCUUUGCUGAUGUUCAUAGACAAAGAAUGGUUGUUUCUCCAUUACUGAGAUUGGUUUUCUCUUUGACCUCAUUGGUUGAAACAUCUGACUUUUUCGAGGUGAAGAAUAAAAUUGUUCGUGAAGUAGUGGAUUUUGUGAAAGGUCAUCAGUUACUUUUUGAUCAAGUUCUUCGCCAAGAUGUUUCUGAUGCUGAUGAAUUGGCAAUGGAACAAAUGAAUCUUGUUGUUGGCAUACUCAGCAAGGUUUGGCCAUAUGAGGAAGGUGGAGAGUAUGGAUUUGUUCAAGGCCUUUUUGGAUUAAUGCACACUCUUUUUUCACGUGACUCAUCGUUUCUUUCUUCAGCUCAAUCAGAUUUUCAGAAACAGAAGAAAUCAGAAUUGAGUGUGUUACGUCUGUGCUUUAGCCUGAGCUCUUAUCUCUAUUUCCUUGUCAAAAAGAAAUCCUUGAGACUUCAGGUUUCCAACAAUUCGACCAAUUAUAAUGCGCCAGCUGGACAGCAGCAACCGACAUUAAGCCUACUUGGUUUUCUUCUCAACACGGUGACCACAGCCCUUGAAAAUGCUGCAGAAGAAAAAUUUAUAUUACUUAACAAGAUUCAAGACAUAAAUGAAUUAGCACGACAAGAGGUGGAUGAAAUUAUUAACAUGUGUGCUCUUGAAGGUCAAGUUGCAUCCUCAGACAAUAUUCAGAAAAGGAGAUAUGUUGCAAUGGUGGAAAUGUGCAGGGUAGCAGGAAACAGGGAUCGGCUUAUAACUCUUGUGCUUCUACUUGCAGAAAACUUGCUCAACAUUUUCCUCAUCCAUUUUCAAAACAGCUCUUUAUCUGAUUCCAGUGAAGCUGUUAAGGCACUUACGUAUGGAGACGUUGGAGAAGACCUAAAUACAUUUUGUUCAAAACUGGUUCCAAUUUUAGAAAGACUUGAAGUGCUAAGAGAGGAUAAGGUGGGUCAUAACCUGAAGGUGUUCCAGAGAUUAGUUACUUCUCUCAAGGAAUUGACGAUUCAAAGAUUAGCAUUCUGAGAAGGGAUGAUUUUCCUUUUAUGCCCUUGGGAUGGUGCUUGAAUUAUUGUAUCUGUAUGGCAUAUUAGGAUGUAUUAAGAAAGCUGUAUGUGAUUGAUUGUGUGGUGAAAAAUGGUGUCAUUUUUGUCAAGUUAGGUGGAUAUAAGUUUAGGUUCUUGAAAAGUAAUAUUAUAUAGCA